AAUACAACAGCUACAGAGAAAGAGAGGAGAAACACAUCGGUUUGAGAAAGAGAACAGCAGUGGUCGCUUGCUGCGGGGGCAAUGGGGCUACUCAGUAUAAUCCGAAAAAUCAAAAGGAAAGAGAAAGAAAUGCGUAUACUCGUGGUCGGGCUUGAUAAUUCAGGGAAGACUACCAUUGUCUUGAAGAUCAAUGGGGAAGACACCAGCGUAAUCAGUCCCACACUCGGUUUCAAUAUCAAGACCAUCACCUACCUGAAGUAUACUUUAAAUAUAUGGGAUGCUGGGGGCCAAAAAACUAUAAGAUCUUACUGGAGAAACUACUUUGAGCAAACUGAUGGUUUGGUAUGGGUGGUUGACAGUUCGGAUCUUAGAUGGUUAGAUGACUGCAAAAUGGAACUCGAUAAUCUUUUGAAGGAAGAGAGGCUUUCAGGAGCAUCUUUACUCAUACUGGCAAACAAGCAGGACAUAAAAGGUGCCCUUACCCCAGAGGAGAUUGCAAAAGUACUGAACUUGGAAGCCAUGGACAAAACCCGGCGUUGGCAAAUUGUUGGUUGUAGUGCAUAUACUGGCGAGGGGCUGCUUGAAGGAUUUGAUUGGUUGGUCCAGGAUGUAGCCUCUCGAAUCUAUGUGCUUGAUUAAUGCCUACUUGGGAGUCAUUUUUUGUUCUUUGACAAUACCAAAGCAUUUAUGGAAGCUAAAAUGGAAUUGUUCCUAGGCUCUUAAGCAUAUUUUCUAUUCAAUGAGAGAAGGUAUCUUUGUUUGAUGGACU